AAAAAAUAUAACGAUCGCUCCAUCUUCCUUAAUAUCCAUCCGAUCGAGCCCACACACACAGCAGAGCAGAGUACAUAAAACUUGUGUUGAAAGUUUUGAGCUUUAACUCCGCCUCUCCUCGCCUCCUACUCAUCGAUGGAUAAUUCGGAAGAUGAUAGAGAUCUUAAUGAUUUGUGUGAUCAGAAUGAAAGUGUAGAAAUGAAUUUGGGUGCUGAGGACGACGACGACGGUAAAUAUAAUAAGAUUUCUAACUUAACAGCUGAUGAGAUACUAGGUCUAGAUUUUGAUAGUGAUCAGGAAGCUUAUGAUUUUUAUUGUGAAUAUGCAAGAUGGCAUGGUUUUAUAGUAAGGAAAGAUGACGUGACUCGUGAUGAUAAUGAGAAAGUAAUAAUGCGUCAGUUUGUAUGCAAUAGAGAAGGGUUUAGUAACAAAAAACAAUCAACAAGACCUAACGCCAGAACUAAUUGUCAAGCUAGGCUUCGUGUACGCUACAGUUUGAAAGCAUCAAGAUGGAAAGUCAAAUGUUUUGAAGAGGUUCAUAAUCAUGAACUAGCUCCUUCAAGAUAUACACACUUGGUUGCUUGCCGUGGAAUGAAGGAGGCAGAUAAAGCUCAGCCUGAUAGUUCCAAUGAUGAUGUUAGAACUGGUUAUAUAAUGGGGUACACGGUGGCUCAAAAGGGUGCAUCUGUUGGUUUUCGUUUUUCAAAGAAAAAUCUAUACAACGGUUUUAAUAGCAAAAUCCGUGGUGAAAUUAAAGAUGGAGAUGUUGUUGCUGCCUUAAGUUAUCUUAGCGGGAAGGCGAGCAAUGAUCCUAUGUUAUAUGCAAAAUUUACAACUACCGGUGAUGGUAGAUUGAAGCUGCUUUUUUGGGCAGAUGGAUGUAGCAUAUCGGAUUUUCUAUGUUUCCACGAUGUUCUUGCAAUUGACAUGACACACGAGAAGAACAGUUACAAUUGUCCUUUGGUAAUUUUCUCCGGGUGCAAUCAUCAUUCUCAAACAAUUAUAUUUGGUUGUGCUUUGGUGUCAGAUGAAACAAUUGAGACAUAUAAGUGGGUCUUAAAAUCUUUCUUAGAAGCAAUGCGAAACAAACAUCCCAAAGUUGUUGUGACAAAUGGGGAUGAAGUUAUGAUGGAGGCUAUAAAGCAUGCUUUUCCAGAUUCAUGUCAUCAACUAUGUGUUUGGAACUUGCACAAGAAUGCAUGUAAAAAUGUCGAGAGUUCUUCAUUUCCAGAGGAUUUCAAAAAGGCAAUUUACUCAAAUUUCACUCCAAAAGAAUUUGAAGAUUUUUGGAUAAAGAUGGUUGCAGGGCACAAAAUUGUGGGGAAUGAGUGGGUUUCUAAAACCUUUGAGAAUAGGUCAUUGUGGGCCACUGCAUACCUCCGUGAUAAGCUUUUUGGUCGUGUACAGACUACGUGUCAUUGUGAAACUAUUGACUCAAUCAUCAAGAAAUAUAUAAGGAAGAAAAGUAGUGUUUUCGAGUUUAUGCAUGAUUUUGAGGAGACUUUGAGAAAACAUAGAAAUGAUGAACUGAUGGCUGAUAAUAAGUCUUUAUUUUCAGAACCUGUGUUGACCACGCCUCUUCCAGAGUUUGAGAAAGAUGCUGCAAAAAUUUACACAGCAGAGCUUUUUAAAGAAGUUAAAGAGCAGAUUUUAUUAGCUGGUGCGUUAAAUGUUAUUGAGCGAAUGGUAAAUGAGAAGAAGGUUAUCUUCAAGAUAACCAAGUAUUGUCAUCCCAGUAUUGAAACAAAAGUUGUUUAUGAUACUUCAAAGUCAGCAUUUUAUUGUGUGUGUAGACAUUUUGAGUCUCGUGGCAUUCCGUGUUCGCAUAUUUUUCGUGCCAUGAUCUUUGAGCAUGUGGACCAUAUUCCAAGCAGUUUGAUUUUGACACGGUGGACUAAGAAUGCUAAGAUUGCCUUACUGUCGUCGAAUUCGAUGGAUGGAAUAGAUUAUGAUGUGAUGGAAUUUGCUCAGUUUGCGGCAGAUGCUGCUUUUACUAGGUUGUGGCAGGUAGCCUUAAAAAAUAAGGAACACUACAAUGAGAUCAUGGAUGACAUAUUGAAGCUUACUAACAAGUAUAAGAAGAUGAACGCUCUUGUUGACACACAAAGCUCGUCAUCAGAACACAUUGGUGAUCCCAGCAUAGAUGAGACCAAAGGUACUCCCAAGAAUAAAAAGAUUGGCACGAAGAGGGCAAGUCAUAGUUCAAAUUGUAAUAGCACAAAAGACAAUGUUAAAACAUGUUCAAUGCAUGUUUGUUUAAAUGAUAAGAUUAUGAAUGACGAUCAGUUUUCUCAUCCAGAGUCUUCUAAAUUUAGCACGGCAACUGAUAGUGAUAAAGAAAUAUUGGUAUCUGAUGUAAACUUGCAGGAUAAAGAAAUAUUGGCAUCUGAUGUAAAUGAUGGUCGUGACACUCAAGAUAAAUUUAGUGAAUGCUGUAAUCAGAAGCAAAAGAAAGCGAAAGAGUUGACACAAAAAUCAAAGAAUGAUGGUACAAUCUUACAGGCUGGUUAUUCUAGUGGAGGUCACCAUGUUAAUUCCAAAAUGCAGUUUAUAUUACCUAAAAUGCAAUCCUCACCAUAUGGUUAUGUCCCUCCGAGCCAUGGAUGGUGGAACUUGCCCUACUAUAGUGGAGUUCCUAUUUUACCGCAAGUACCCCAGUAUUAUAAUGGAGUGCCGUUUAGUAAUAGUGACACGCCACAAAUGGGAUUGCUACCAGAAGCCACGAAAAAUUCUGGUCAAACAAGUGGAAAUGGUGUUCAACCUUAGUAGUUCCUUCCAAUUAGUAGAGUACAAGGUGGAUUAGCAGGACAGUAUAAAUUUGGUGGAAGGAGUGGUGGGUGUGUUGCAAUUCUUGGUGCUGCAAAAUUGGUUUUGGGUUUUGUGUUAGGAAGUUCUUUGGCUCAUUUUUUCCAACAGUUUCCAGUGGGAAUUUUAGGAGUUUUGUUGUUAUUUGCUGGGAUUGAAUUAGCUAUGGCUUGUAGAGAUAUGAAUAACAAAGAGGAUUCUUUUGUUAUGCUUCUUUGUACUGCUGUUUCACUUGUUGGAUCUAGUGCUGCUCUUGGUUUUUUGUGUGGGAUGGUUGUUUUUGGAGUUCUUAAGGUAAGGAAUUUAACAAGUGUUAAAUCACUUUCUAGUAUUUGGAAGCAUGAAGGACAAGAGCAAGUUUGAAGAAAAAGAGAGAGAUCAAUGCAUGCAUGGAUUCAUGAUAUUACGUAGUAUUUCCUAAUAAUGUAAUUACUCGAUUCCUCUGUAAGUAUAAUUUAGUUGGUAGGAACAAUGUGACAGAGGUCAGAGUUAUUCUGGUACUAGUCUACUUGACAAAAUAAAUAAAUAAUGUAAUUACUUUUCAAAUGUAGUUUCUCUGUAUGCAUGUAUGGUUAUAAGAAUGGUGUCACGAGUGUCACUACUUCAAACCAAACCGAACUGUACUAAAAAAGUGAAUUGUGACUAACAGUUUGCGAGUUGAA